GUCCCUUGGUAGUUCGUCCACUUCUGCUCCGACCUCGCGCCAGACAUGGCUAUCUCCUCCCUCCGACUCCCGCUCUCGCCCUUUCUCGCAAAGUCUCCAUUCCCAACUCCUACUUUUAGAACUUCUUCAAUCCUGAUAAUACCCCUACGACUGACCCCAAUUUACUUCCGCUGCCUGUCUUCAUCCCAAGACACCACCCCCCACUCGGAGAACAAAUGGGAACCCUUUCGAAAGAAGAAAGUCGUCAUGCGUGUCGGCUACGUCGGAACCGAUUACAGAGGUCUACAAAUGCAACGAGACGAGCAUUCAUUAUCAACUAUUGAGAAGGAAUUGGAAACUGCCAUUUUUAAGGCUGGUGGCAUCCGUGAUAGUAAUUUUGGGGACCUCCAGAAAAUCGCGUGGGCGAGAAGUAGCCGAACUGAUAAAGGAGUUCACUCGUUGGCGACUACAAUAUCGUUGAAAAUGGAAAUCCCCGAAUAUGCAUGGAAGGAUGAUCCUUGUGGGAUUGCUCUUGCAAGUUGCAUUAACGCUUAUCUUCCUCGCAACAUCAAAGUUUUUAGCAUUUUACCUUCACAGAAGUGA